UUGACAGUUCGGAACCAAAAUGGCGACAAAAAACGUGUACCAAAUUCAAUCGCUUUUAAUCCAUCUAACCCGAAACUACAGCACCGAGAAAGAGGCGUCUUCAUUCUGGAAGUUCUGGGGAAAGAAGAAGAAGGAAAAAAAGGAAGAGAAGCCGGCGCUGGAAAGAUGUCGGAAAAGGCGAGUGCAACGCCCAGACCCAGACUUGAGCAGCUUCGGAGGCCAGCCCUACCGGACCUGCGGCCCUGCCUACGUCAUCCAGAAGGACGUCAUACCGGAUAUGCAGUGUCAACAGGAUGAAGAAGACAGAAUGCUUAAGAACAUAGAGGCAGAUUUGAGCAAUAAGAACAACGUUCAAGACCCGAUGCCUCCUUUUCAGAGCGUGGAGCAGAGGUUGAUCGAUCUUACGGACAGGAAACUUCAUCCGUAUUACAAGAGAUAUAUGUCUUUGCCGAAAAGUGACUUCACGGAAACGGAGUCUCCGCAAAUGCCCUUCUUACCUUACAAGUGUAAAGUAGGCCCGGUGGCACCAGAUGAAAUUCCUGAUAUUUUGCAAUUCAAUAAGCAGCUGCUAGAGAGGAAGAAUAUUUUCGCUGAUUUUAAGAGAGUGGAGUUGCCGAAGCAGAUGGUGGUGAGGAUUGUGGAGAUGCAGAAGAAUAAAAGGCCUACGCUGGAGAAGAAAGAAGAAAAAUGUUGAGUGAAGAUAUACGUUUUUUGUUGCUAUUAAAUUAAUAAAUAAAAAAAUUAUCCUCUUUACUGAAA